AUGGCAGAGUCCAGCCCACGAGGCCGGGGCCAGGACGGUGCCGCCGUGCCCCGCUGCCCCGGGGCUCCUGCAGCCGCCUGUGCGCGCUGCCCAGGCCCGGCUCUGCCGCUCGCCAGCCCGGCGGCUGCGGAGCAGGGGCCGCUGCCCGGCGCGCAGCAGGGAGCAGGGCACAGGAAGGAGCUGCAGGAGCUGUACCAGCUGGGCCCGCAGCUGGGCAGGGGUGGCUUCGGCACCGUUUUCUCGGGCAUCCGCCUCUCCGACGGGAGCCCGGUGGCCAUCAAACGCGUGUCCCGGGAGAGCGUCCUGCAGUGGGACGAGCUGCCCAACGGCACCCGCGUGCCCAUGGAGGUCGCGCUGAUGGAGAAGGUGGGCUCCAGCUGCUACAACAUCAUCCAGCUCCUCGACUGGUUCGAGCUGCCUGACAGCUUCGUGCUGGUGCUGGAGCGUCCGGAGGCAUGGCAGGAUCUCCUGCAGCUCCUGCUGGAGCAGGAGUUCCUGUGCGAGGAGAUGGCGCGCUGGCUUUUCGUCCAGGUGCUGGAGGCCGUGCGGCACUGCACCGCCUGCGGCGUCCUGCACCGGGACAUCAAGCCGGAGAACCUCCUCGUUGACCCGGAGAGCGGCGACCUGAAGCUCAUCGACUUCGGUUGCGGCACCUUCCUCCAGGAGCGGCCCUACACGCGGUUUGCCGGAACGCACGCCUACAGCCCGCCCGAGUGGGUCUGCCUUGGCUGCUACGACGGCCGUGAAGCCACCGUUUGGUCCCUGGGCGUGUUGCUGUACGUCAUGGUCUGCGGGAGACUCCCCUUCCAGGACGACCAUGCCAUCCUGCUGGGGCAGCCCUUCUUCUGGCAGCAGGUCUCUCCAGAGUGCCAGCAUCUGAUCCGCUGGUGCUUGACCAAGCACCCUGCUUACAGGCCACAGCUGGAGGAGAUCUUGCGCCACCCUUGGGUGCAGGGCAGGCGCUUUUGA